AUGGCCUUCCGGUUUAAUUUUUCCUUUGGAGAAGAUGCUGCAGAGGCUGAUGAUGAGCCAGAGCUGCAGCUGGGCACUCCCCAGCGCGAGCGAGCGGCUGAGGCUGCCGCUCAGUGCCGGGAUGCGACCCCGUCGGAGCAGCCCCUCCGCCUCAAGGCUGCCAAAGAGCACCACGUUCCCAAAGAUGCCAACCAAAUACUGGAAAAUAAAACCAUGGAAAUGGUAGCGGGACUGUAUUCUGUAAAGAUAUCCACAGUGGAAAAGCAGCUUUUGGAUGGCUUGCAUGGAGAAGACCUGGUGUCCAAAAGCGUUUUGGCUCACUCUGACCUCGUCCCAGGUGUGUACGAGGGAGGGCUCAAGGUCUGGGAGUGCACCUUUGAUCUCCUGGGUUACUGCUCCGAGACUGAAAUGCAGUUUGCUGACAAGACUGUGUUGGACCUCGGUUGCGGUGCCGGACUGCUAGGAAUAGUUGCCUUGAGGGGAAAAGCUAAAGAAGUCCAUUUCCAGGACUACAACAGCACUGUGAUUGAGGAAGUAACCUUGCCUAACACUGUGGCUAACUGUAGAGUUGAUGGAGAUGAAGGAAAAAUUAGUAAGCCUCCUUCAAAGAGACUUAAGAAAGCAAAAUGCUCCCUUGAUCUGCUUGCCAAAUGCAGAUUUUUUUCUGGAGAAUGGUCCAAAGUCAGCCAGCUCCUGUUAAGUGGCAGCAAACCCUUUUCAAAGUAUGAUCUCAUUCUCACAUCUGAGACCAUCUAUAACCCUGAUUACUAUGGUGCUUUACAUGAUGCACUGUCUCAGCUGUUGGCCGAACAUGGACGUGUGUAUUUGGCAAGCAAAGCCCAUUACUUUGGGGUUGGGGGUGGUGUCCCCCUCUUUGAGAAAUUCAUUGAGGAGAGGAAUGUGUUCAGGACUAACACAGUUAAAAUAAUCGAUAAAGGACUGAAGCGCUUUAUCAUUGAAAUGGCCUUUAAAUAUUCCAGUUAA